UACAACGUCGGUGGCUGAGCUUAUAGACAUGGAGACAAGAACCUGGAAAUCUGACCUACUGUGGGCCUAUUUCAACAUUGCAGACCCAAAACAGAUAGAAAAAAUUUUAAUCCCUCGCCAACCUUGCAAGGAUGAAAAGGUUUGGACAAUGGAAACUAUAGGGAUUUACUCUAUGAGAUCAGCAUACAGGUUGUGGAAGAACAGACACGAGGAGGAGUAUGGGGAAUUAUACACACCAGUAAACUAGGAAAGGUUAUGGAAGCUUAAGAUACCACCUAAGGUGAGAUUGUUUGCGUGGAGAUGGAUCAGGGAUAUAUUGCCUACGAAAGCUAGAAUUGUGGAAAGAACGCAAAGGGCUCAUGUAGGGUGCCCAUUCUGCGAUCUCCCUGAAACUCAAUACCACAUUUUCAAGGACCGUGCGUAGGUAAGGAGGGUAACUAGGCCUACUCCUAUGAAUCUAUUGUUCGAAAGAGGGGAUACUCUUAUCUGUGAAGAAUGGUACUGUAGCCUGCAAGAGAUGGAGAACGAUGAACAGUUGGGGAAAUUCCUCGUCGCAUUGUGGUUUAUCUGGGAACAACGCAAUAGUCAGUUUUGGAAUAAGAGGAAAUUGGAAGAAGGGGAAAUUAUACCCAGAGCUUUAGGAUGGUUGCAAGAAUACCUGGACAUGCAGGAGGUGGGAUCUGAAGCCAAUCGCCAAGGUGGAGGGAAAUGGAGACCAUCUCAGUCGACUGAUUUUACAAUCUCGGUGGAUGCGGGAUGCUUGACUAAACAGGGAACGGGGCUGGGAGUCGUAAUUAGAAAGAAGGAUGGGGGCUUCGUGGCGGCGGGGGUGAGGAGAACGCGGAGGCAAUGGGAGGCGUUGGAAGCAGAGGUGAUGGUGGUGAAGUUUGGUCUGGAAAUGGCUCACCGACUUCAAUUGCAUUCUAUUGCAAUCCAGACAGAUUGCCAGCAGGUGGAGCGCCUCAUCACAGGCCAGGCGAUCUCCCAUGUUGAAGUGGGCCAAAUAACACAUGAAAUCAAGGAGAUGGGCCGGACUUUCCAACAGAUAGAAUAGAUCCCUAGAGAACAGAAUAGAAAGGCACAUACUAUGGCCCACAUUGCUUGCAAUUGGGAAGAUGGUGAAUGUUGGGUGGAUAGACCACCAAUUAUUUUGUUUUUUCUUCUUAAUGAAGAGUGGGCAUGUUU